AUGGCCCCAUCGUCGGUGUCGAUGUCAGUUUUGGCCGCCGCGGGUUUGAAAAGUGAAGAUCUCCCCCCACGACCCGUGCUCGUCACAAGAGGCGACAUGCAGACGAGCUUGAGCCCCGCAGAGGACGCCGGGAAGCCCAAAGUGGCCAUCCUGCCCUUCAGCGUCGAGGCUCUGAUGGCUGAUCGCAAGCCGAGCAGAGAGGCGCCUUCCCCGGAUGGCGCCUCCGUGGCCGGGACGUCCCAGUCUCUAGGGAAAGGAGUUCGGAUGGGACCGUUUGGAAGUCUGGACGCUUCCGUGCCUGCGAUCCCGAUUGGCUCCUCUUUUUCUGUGAGCGAUCUCAUGAACGUGCAGGAGGACGUGUUGAUUAAACCCGAGAGUCCAGAUAGCCAAGAGAGGACUUCUUGGAUUCAGAGUCCUCGUUUUUCUCCCACACCUCCACGAAGAUUGAGUCCUCCGGCGUGUCCUUUGAGGAAACACAAGACCAACAGAAAGCCUCGGACCCCCUUCACGACGUCCCAGCUGCUGGCCUUGGAGAGAAAGUUCCGCCAGAAGCAGUACCUGUCCAUUGCCGAGCGCGCAGAGUUCUCCAGUUCCCUCAGUUUGACAGAAACCCAAGUUAAGAUCUGGUUUCAGAACAGGAGAGCUAAAGCCAAGCGACUGCAAGAGGCAGAACUCGAGAAACUGAAAAUGGCAGCCAAGCCCAUGUUGCCUCCCGCGUUUGGGAUUUCCUUCCCGCUGAGUGCGCACGUCCCGGGAUCCUACGCGGGCUCGCACACCUUCCAGAGGCACUCGCUGCCGGUGUCCCCCGUAGGACUGUACGCAGCCCACGUCGGAUACAGCAUGUACCACCUGGCUUGA